UGGGCUCUGGACUCGGCUUCCACACGUGCCUGCUGUGUGACCUUAGGCGAGUGAUUGGACCUCUCUCAACCUGUUUGUACAUCUGAAUAGUGAGGCUUAAAACAGAUCAGGGCUGCGUGCUGGGCCCAGGCCAGGGCCUGGCGUACAGGGGCUCCAUGACAUUUGUGGGUGAAGAGGAGGUUCAGGAGGGCUGACUGCUGCCAGGCUCUGCUUAUGAAUAGAGACCCUGGCCAGGGUGGAAUAUGUGGGUGGGGUGGCACCAGCAAAUUUGGUCAGUUAGCAGGGGUCACACAGGUGCCUCUUACUGAGGACUGGAGUGGUUCUCAGCCCUGGCUGCACAGGAGAGUCACCUGGGAGCUUUUAAGCCCCGAUGGUUGGGCUGCGAAGUCAGGAUCCGGGGCAGGAGAGCCAUCAAUCAUGGUGAAAGCUCCCCAGGUGGCCCUACAGCAAGCAGAGCUGAGGUUGAGAGUGCUGCUUGGAGCCAUGCCUGGUAACGGUGGUGCCACGGGAGCGUUAAUGUGGCUUUUUAAUGGAGAAGCCAUGAAUGGCUGCUCCAGGAGACAGAGUCACUGAGGAGGAAUCAGUCCAGUGUGGACAAUGGACACAGCCAGGGCAGUGGGAGGCCCAGAGGAAGUCCCAACCCAGUGCAGGGUCAAGGCAGGACUCUGCUCCUCGGGGCCUUCUUGCUCCUCCCCAGUGUGGGAUUGUGCUCCUGAGCCAAGGCACACUUCUCCAGCCCCAGAGCAGAUCCCCGCCCAGGUGCAGAUGGGUCCUGGUGCACAUAAGAAAUGCACAUCACUUCCACCAAUGUACUGGGGCCCUUGGGUUCCUGGGGGGAUUUAGGUGCUGCCAGGCCAGCGGUGUCCCGGCAGUGAGGAUGUGUUGUUGGGAUAGGCACCUUCACCGGGAAGAUUUCCCCUCCACACCACUCCCAUCAGCAGGCAUCCUUCCCGUUUCCCAGAUUAGGACAUUGAGGCUGGGUCAUCAUCCAGUAGCUGCAGGGCAGAGGUGGCCUUGAACUCAGAUCUCUAACCCAAGCACGUCUCUGCUUUAUGGCCAUUAGAAAAAGGCACUUCUUAAAUACAGGAGAGGGCUCUGGUAGUGGCUGUGUUCACAGCGAUGGUUGACAAAAGCUAUUAUUACUGUUCCUAUUUAGUCCUUGCACCGCAAAGAACACAAGCAGGUCAUCUGGAAGCAGGAAGGUGGCCUAAGAGGGCAAGAGGUUGUACUGAGGUCACACAGCCAGUUUGUACUAGACCUGACAUGAGUCCCCACACCCACUUCGGGCCAAGGACUGGGGUUGUGUCUUCUCCCUCGUGGGGAUGCCCUCUAGGGGAGAGAUGUGCUCACAGUGGCAGUGGAGGGCCCUCCUGGCCAAGGGCGUGUCCUGAGGGUGGGCUGGAGCCGGGCACUGGUGAAGGAGGUGCUCACUGCUCCCUCUGUGGGGCUCAGGGCCGCCGCCUCCCCAGGAGGGAGAGGACCUGGCCGAUCCUCCCUCAUGUGGAUGUAACUGGUUUUCUUCCCUCUCUCUCCCCCCUCCUUCCCUCUCUGCGUGUUUCUCUUGCUGUUUCUGUCUCUGGCCUACCCCCUGAGCAUUCCUUCCCUCGCCCUCCCUAUUUCUGUUGCCUGCGGCUCUUGGGGGCACCCCAUUCUGCCUUCCCUUCUCGCCUGGUCCUGCCUGCUUUCUCGCUGUCUGCCCCAGGAGGGGGCCGGGUGAAGACGUGGAAGCGGCGCUGGUUCAUCCUCACGGACAACUGCCUCUACUACUUUGAGUACACGACGGACAAGGAGCCCCGAGGAAUUAUCCCCCUGGAGAACCUGAGCAUCCGCGAGGUGGACGACCCCCGGAAACCGAACUGCUUUGAGCUUUACAUCCCCAACAACAAGGGGCAGCUCAUCAAAGCCUGCAAGACGGAGGCGGACGGCCGCGUGGUCGAGGGGAACCACAUGGUGUACCGGAUCUCGGCCCCCACGCAGGAGGAGAAAGACGAGUGGAUCAAGUCCAUCCAGGCAGCCGUGAGCGUGGACCCCUUCUAUGAGAUGCUGGCGGCCAGGAAGAAGCGGAUUUCUGUCAAGAAGAAGCAGGAGCAGCCCUGACCCCUUGUCCCCAACCCCAUUAUUUAUUACUGAGCCGCCCCGCCCGGGUGGCCGGACCCCUGGGACUGGGGCUGUGGAUCCUGGUUCCCGUUUGGAAAACUUACCACCUCUAGUUCCUCUCUCGUUAUUUGUAAUUAACACGCUGUUGGUAAUAUUAAUUAUUGAACUGCU